AUGCUUUUCUCGUCACCGUGCUUCAUGAUACCGCGGCCCCUUGUUGAUACACCUGAAACCCUGGCCGAUUCGGGUUCCUCGUCAUUCUCAAUACUCUCCUCCGAGGGUUUACACUGGCUAUAUGAAAAGUCCAGACAUGGGUCUGUCGAUCUAGAGGGCUUCGAUUCACCAUUGCAUCCACAGAAUAAAUUCAUUGAUGACGAUCCCCUGGCGGAUGGACGUCUAAACGAGCCAUUCAUUGCAUUACCACCAAAAUACCUAGCUUUGCAACUUUUUAACACCUACUUCAGAGAAAUAAAUCCAUUUUGUCCCUUUUUUGACGAGGACGAGUUUGUUUCCCGUGUCGAGCGAGAGUACCCUAUCUACCCUCAAUCAUCACCUUCUUGGUGGGCAUGUAUAAACGCCACGAUAGCGCUUUCAUGUGCUGUCGAACCAGGAUUCCACUCAAAGGCAUGGUUCUAUUGGAAGAAUGCCACGCUCUCGCUAAACAACUUUUUCAUUGGACGGCCGCAAUUGCCAUCGGCGCAAGCUCUCAUAGCAAUGACUGCGUAUCUCAUUGGGACAUUCAGUGCCACCCCAUCACAUACAUUUGUCUCCCUCGCAAUGCGCAUACUGCAUGGACUAAACCCUGCCGAGUGCGAGCGGUCGCCGGUAUACCGCCGGGUUCUCGCAAUUACCUACGACCUCGACAUAGACAUUUCACUUUCUUCAGCAAUGCCACCUUUACAGCCCAUCCCAAACGCAUCUCUGAAACAACUUUUCGAUGAUCGCAUCAAAAACACUAAUUCCCCUUCUUCGAAGCAUAAUUUCGCUUCCUCCUAUAUCUUUGACCUGUUCGAUUCGUACUGUGAAUUGACCAAUCUGAAAAGCCAUGUGUACCGUGAGCUUUACUCCACCACUGCAGGCGACAGAACUGAUGCAGAGAUCAUUACAAUCGUCGGUCAGCUCGACACGCUUCUCCAAGACUGGAGGGACGGUAUUCCCCACGACUAUCGGCCCGAGCUUGCUAAACCUGAUGAACUCGUCAGAAAGGAUCCUCAUCUGUCCAUUCUUUACAUGCAUUUCAGCUAUUACGCCUGCGUUUUGGCUAUUCACAGGAGAGCAAUCAGUCGAGCAACAUGGUCAAUGGACCUCGAUCCUCGCUCUAUUCGGCCUUUAUCUCUUCGCUCGCCAAAUUCGCGAACUUUGAUAUCUGCUCAGCUGUGUAUGCGGGCUGCACGAGAAUUAAUGGAACUAAUCCGAUAUAUUCCACGAGAUCAUACAUUAUUCGCGGGUUCUAUCGCCUACUGUACAAUGUUCGCCUUUAUGAUCCUCUCCAUGCUCAUUGUGCAAGAUCCACAAGUCGCUAAGGGGAGCACAGACAUCAAGCUAAUGCUUACGGUGGAAAACUACUUCUCAGAAAUUUCUAUGAUCCAAUCGGAUGGGAAUAUCACUAACUUCGUACAAUGCUGUGCCCGAUAUCGAUCGAUUGCAGAGGCAGCAAUCAAGCAGAGCCAAGAGGGAGUGUUGGAGAAAUAA